CGCUGCGAAUGGGCUUCCUUCAGCACGGACCUCACUUGUUGAGUGAUCUCUAGGAGGACAGUCUAACGCGAACCUGACACACCUAAACACUUGACACCUUGACGACGGCGAUGAUGAAAGGAUUUGCGCUCUUCAUCUGCGUGUUCUUCACAGUUGUUCAGUCCAUCACGUGCGAGGCGAACAGGAUAGACGCGCGCAUAAAGCACGAAAACGACGUGGCGCACCACAGCUCUGCCAUACCAACAGGAGUGUGGAAUCAGGAGAAGCCAAAGAGACUCUUUGCCAGGACUCGCUAUCUGUCCCAGCAGAGAAAUCCCGUGGUGAGACCUAAGCCCAGGCCUGAGGUGGUUUCUCCAGCGCGGCACUGUGCCGGUCUGAUGGAGAGCUGCUCCUCGCUCACUCCCUGCUGUGACCCAUGUGCUUCCUGCCACUGUAGGCUCUUCAACACCAUCUGUCACUGCUGGAGACUCGGACACCUCUGCCCCAAGAAAACCUAAUGACCCCAAACGCACAUCGGUGCUUCUCAGCUGGUUUUACUCUAGCACUGCACAUUGGACAGCAAAUGUUGUUUAUUGUACAAAAAGAAAGUCAUAAAAAGUUGUUUAUUAGUUUGUUCCCAAAUAUUUCUUGAAGUCUGAUGGUAUCUUGUUCCCAGCUUUCAAUAAUUUACCACACAAAACCAUUUUUGGUUGUUUUUUGAUGAUGACACAUCUGUCUAAUUUGAUUAGCUUCUACCUAAAUUAAUUUGGCCCAAAAAACUGU